CAAUUUGCGUCGACAACGACGUUCACCUUCACUGGUGACACCUUACCGACUGGCCUUGUCGUAUCCAAUGACACCAUUGACGACAGAAGCGGCGAUUCAUCAGCAAAAUUCAAUCAUAAAUUCAAUCCUCAAAACGUCCAGAUUCAAAAUGGAUUUCUUGAGCUUAUCGUUCCUGGCGGGCAAACAAUUAGCCCUUUGCAGUGCGCAGAAGUCUCUACGGAUUUUGAAGUGCUCUACGCAAGCGUGUCCACGUAUGCAAUCUUGACCGAUGAAGCAGGUGUCUGCAAUGGCAUGUUUUUCUACCAUUCCGACAGCCAGGAAAUCGAUAUCGAAUGGAUCAGUGACGCAAACUCCACCUCGAAUCUUGACGCCAAUAAUGGCACUCGUGUAAUGCAAUAUACCAACCAAGGACCACAUGGAGAAGAAGACUCGUCUGAAGUGUAUGGCCAAGCCGCUGCGGACGCUACGCUUGCUGUCCAUGAAUAUCGUCUUGACUGGGUGAAUGGAACAAGCAGUUUCUACCUAGACGGAGCCUUUCAGCAGCAGAUCCAAACGAACGUGCCAAACACUCCGGGUAACUGGGUGUGGAAUAAUUGGGCUGAUGGUGAUCCUGACUUCACUGUUGGCCCGCCGAAGAACGAUGCAGUGUUUAGAAUGCAGAAGAUUGUGAUGCGAUACAACACUAGC